UCACCGACAGCCACGUACGCGGGCUUUUCCAUCAAACAUGUGGUUGACGUGACGACAACCGGUUUAUGUGAGACAGCACGCUGCGCCAUGUUUCCAUGAUGCCGUCUGAGCAGAAAUCCAUGGUCGGAAUUCAAACUGAGAAGCCUAAUCACUACACGUACUUGAAGGAAUUUCGAGUGCAGCAAUGCACUCUCUUCCUGCAGCAUAAGUGCACAAAUCACAGGCCUUUCACAUGUUUCAAAUGGCAUUUUAAUAAUCAACGCCGUCGACGGCCAGUGAAGAGGAGAGACGGUAACUUCAACUACAGCCCAGAUAAUUAUUGCACCAAGUACGAUGAAACCACGGGAAUUUGCCCAGAUGGAGACGAUUGUCCACUGCUGCAUAGAACUGCUGGAGACACUGAACGCCGUUACCACCUCAGAUAUUACAAGACCUGCAUGUGUGUUCACGACACAGACGCUCGAGGAUUUUGCGUGAAGAAUGGGCCCCAUUGUGCUUUUGCACAUGGCACCCAUGAUAUGCGGCCUCCUGUUUAUGAUUACAGGGAGUUAAUGUUGUUAGAGGCUGCCGCUGCUGAAGAGGCUGAUAGUUCAGGAAAAAUGUACCCCAACAUGCUAGACAAGGAAAAGAACCAAGUAAAUGAAGACCCCAAGUGGCAAGACACAAACUACGUGUUGGCUAAUUACAAAACUGAGCCAUGCAAGCGCCCGCCACGCCUAUGCCGGCAGGGCUAUGCUUGUCCCCAGUAUCAUAAUCUGCGUGACCGCCGCCGCAACCCUCAGCUGUACAAGUACCGCUCUACACCUUGUCCAAGUGUCAAGCAAGGCGAUGAUUGGGGCGACACGAGUUUGUGUGACGCUGGCGACGACUGCCACUACUGUCACGCCCGCACUGAGCAACAGUUCCAUCCGGAGAUAUACAAGUCGACCUUCUGCAAUGAUGUUCAGCAGAACAGUCACUGCCCUCGAAGCGCUUUUUGUGCUUUUGCUCACGGAGAUGGCGAGAUGGCCAAUGCGCGCAAUGUAAUCGACAUGCUGAACACCAAGCCAAAAUUGGCAGACAUCAUGUCCUCCGUGUUACCCAACAGCAACGGGUGCGAAGUUAGCGAGGAAGAAGGCAGUCUUUCUCCAGAAGAAGUGGCUUUGCAUAACUUUGAAAAACCGAGGCACAACAUCAAUGCAAUUGGAAAAGAGAAACACGCAUUAUUCACUCCUUUCAUAAGUUCCGGAAUGAACUUUGUGUCUGGAAGCUCCCUUGCUCCUGGCUUUGAAAAAUCUGAUCCUCUUUUAGGGCAUUUUGACAGUUUGUCUCUCAAGCCGUACAACAUGGGUAAAUCUAAUGACAGAGACUUGGACUCGCCUAACUCAAUAGCACAAGGCUUAACAUCAAAUUUGUUAGGAAGUUCUGCGCCAGUGAAUAUCCCGACAAGAUCAAGAAUGGAACUAGGUUCUCUAGCAUCGCCAUCUUCUCCAAAUGUACGUUUGCUCUCAGGAAUUGGACCAUUCCAUGAAUCUUUAGAAGAAAACUCUUUCUUUGGGGAUCCUAUGGGCAAGAGCAAAAUAGGUAGUUACCCAUCUGCAUCUGGUAACCUGUAUAGCUUUUCACCUCCAGCGAAUCCAGCAAUAACUCGGCCAACAUCCAUACCUCCAAACUCGAUGGGAUCCAUGCAUUCAAAAAUUUCAGAAACAAAUGAUAUGAAAAAGGUGCAAGAAAUGGCCAGUCCUAACCGUGCAGCAAUAGUAACCUGGGAAGAACGAAUUGCUCAAGCUAGAGUAGCGUGUGAGGCUUGGAAACAAGAGGCUGAAGAUAGCAAGAUCAAAGCGAAAAUGGCAAAUCAGCAGCGAGAUGACGCUUUGAUGCAAGUAGCGACGAUGAAUCAGGAGUUGGAAAAGAUGAAACAAGAUCCAUUCUUAGUUGCACUGAAUAGGCAGUCUGAUUUAAAGAACUUCCCUAUGCAUGUAUUACAAUCACUGCACGCAAGAUUGAAAAGAGAUUUGGAUGAAAUUAGCCGCGUCAUUGGAGAGAAAUGUAUGGAUAUCAAGACGUGAUGCAUCAUAGAAAUGGCAAUUUAUCACACCGAUGAGAUAAGCAUUCAAUAUCCUAUGAACUAACUAACCGAUAUAAAUUUAUACUUUUUAUCAAAAAAUAGAGGAAUUAUUUUUAAUUUGAUAUCAAAUUUUUAAAUUUAUUUUAAAUAUCCCGAUUUGUACUACGCGGACAUUAUAUCUCUUUGGAUGAUAGUCCCAAUAAAACUAAAUUUUCUCUCAGUA